GAAUAUUAAUCAAUGUGCUUGUAAUUGUGUGCACAUAAAGUGGCCGGACCUUGUGAGUUAGUAUCUGGAAAAAGGGAAGAAUACCUCAUUGUGUUUGAUCUCUUCAAAAUCACCACCACCACUCAUCCGAGUAAAGACCAACACUGGCGCAUAUAUGAUACGACGAUUAGCAAAACAUAUCAACAUAUCACCGCCACCACUGCUCCGGCGUCUCCUCCACUACCCACAACCACCACUCCACCAACCCCAUGGAAGUCGAAGUUAAGCUCCGCCUCCCAGACUCCACCUCCCACCAGAAACUCACCCAACUCCUCUCCCCCUUCCACACCAAAACCCUCCUCCAAGAAAACAUCUUCUUCGACACCCCCACCUCCCACCUCUCCUCCACCCGCUCCGCCCUCCGCCUCCGCUUCUACACCGGCCACUCCUCCCCCCAUUGCAUCCUCUCUCUCAAAUCCAAACCCCACCUCUCCGCUGGCAUCGCCCGCAUCGAAGAAGACGAGGAGCCCAUCGACCCCACCGUCGCCCGUGCCGCCGUCGCCGAGCCCUGGCGCCUCCUAUCCUUCUCUUCGUCCAGGAUUAUGAAGAGGGUAAAAGAGGAAUUUGGGGUUGGGGAAAAUGGGUUGGAUUGCCUGGGCGGGUUUAGGAAUGUGAGGAAUGUGUUUGACUGGAAAGGCUUGAAGUUGGUGGUGGACGAGACAGAUUAUGGGUUCGGGACGAGUUAUGAGAUUGAGUGCGAGAGUGAAGAGCCCGAUCGAGCUAUGGGGAUGAUUGAGGAGUUUUUGAAUGCGAAUGGGAUCGGGUAUUCGUGCUCGAAGGUUCCCAAGUUCGCUGUUUUUCGGUCUGGGGGUGCUGCCCCAGUAAGUGUUUAAACGCUCGGUGUUUAAUGGUACAGUCAAGUUGCAUGCGUAUAUGCUGGCCUGAACAUCCGAUUAUCAACAAAACAAAACAAAAAGUUUGUUGAUUUUGGGUCUGGGAAGCUGCCCCAGUAAGUGUUCAAUGCUCAGUUAGUGAAUUUUUGUUUCAAAUUGGCAGCAUGAUGGAUACAUUUAGGGCAAUUCUAUAACUUACUCUGAAUAAUGUGAUGUGAUUCAAGGCAAUAAUCUGGAGUAUUGAUUUGGGAUUUGGUGGUUCAUGGGUUGAGAUGAUUUGUUGCUGUUGUUACGAAGACACUGCUCAUUUUAUUGGAAUAAAACAGAUUAUUGCUUUGCGA